AUGCAGUUAGAGAACAUCCUCCCCAGCGCGCUCCCCAAGACCUUUUACAACCUCUCCUCGACGGACAGCGCAAAUAACAGCCCGAGGCCGCCGUCGCAGCUCGAGUACCAAGAAGUGGAGCGGGCGGAACCGGAGUCAAACACUGCUCCUAAGAAAUACCUGGCGACCGUGGGGAACGGGAUGAUGGCUGAGCCAGAAGGAGACACGUUCGCUAAAAGCGGGCCCGAUGGGAGGAAAGGCUCCCCGGUGCUCGGUGAGGACGAGCUGAGCAGCGGCCGGCGAUACAACUUGGAUGAACUCGCUUCUGAUCGCUAUUUCAUCUCGUCUUCUCAGGCGAGUUCCGACAUGGCAAGUCCGUGCUCCCUCUUCCCUUACGCAGGGCAGACAGGCUCCGUGUACACGGGCACCACCGGGUCCAGGUACCCGGCCUCCCUUCACUACGGCUCGGUCCUGCCGCCCGCAGGCUUCUCCUCUCCGUCCGUUUGUAGCGGCCGGAGUCAGUUCGGCAGCGGGGGCUACCAAUUCAGUCAGGGUCCCGGUUGUUUGUACCCGUCUUACCCCGGCGCGGGCAUCGGCUCCAUGUCUCUGCCCGGCUCCGGCGCCGGCCCGAGGGCGCAGGUCUAUCUCUGCAACCGGCCUCUCUGGCUCAAGUUCCACCGGCACCAGACCGAAAUGAUCAUCACCAAGCAGGGCAGACGGAUGUUCCCGUUCCUGAGCUUCAACAUCACCGGAUUGAACCUCACGGCCCACUACAAUGUCUUUGUCGAAGUUGUUCUGGCCGACCCGAAUCAUUGGCGCUUUCAAGGGGGGAAGUGGGUCACUUGCGGCAAAGCGGACAAUAAUAUGCAAGGUAACAAAAUGUAUGUUCAUCCUGAAUCCCCAAACACUGGCGCUCACUGGAUGAGGCAAGAAAUCUCUUUUGGCAAAUUGAAGCUGACAAACAACAAAGGAGCCAACAAUAACAACACUCAGAUGAUAGUCUUGCAAUCCCUUCACAAAUACCAACCGCGGCUGCACAUUGUCGAGGUGACCGAGGACGGCGUGGAAGACAUGAGCAACGAGGCCCGAACUCAAACCUUCACUUUCCCGGAGAACCAGUUUAUAGCCGUGACCGCCUACCAGAACACAGAUAUCACCCAGCUGAAGAUUGACCACAACCCAUUUGCAAAAGGGUUCCGGGACAAUUAUGACUCAAUGUACACAGCUCCAGAGAGUGACAGGCUGACUCCAUCUCCAACAGACUCUCCCCGCUCCACCCAGAUUGUGCCGGGCGCUCGCUAUGCCAUGCAACCUUUCUUUCAAGAGCAAUUUGUCAAUAACUUGCCGCAGAACCGCUUCUACGGCGGCGAACGGGCCGUGCCCCAAACCAACAGCCUCCUGUCCCCGCAGAGCGAGGACGCGGCGGCGGCGGCGGCGGCAGCGGCGGCCGCCGCCGCCGCUUCGGCCCAACGCUGGUUCGUCCCUCCGGUCCAGCAGCCGGGCUCCAACAAGCUGGACCUGUCCUACGACAACGAUUAUUCCACCAGUAGCCUGCUGUCCUACGGCAUCAAACCUCUGUCCCUUCAGACGUCCCACGCCCUUAGCUACUACCCGGAUUCGGCUUUCGCCUCCAUGGCGGCGGGCUGGGGCGGCAGAAGCUCCUACCAGCGCAAGAUGACCACGGGGCUGCCCUGGUCCCCUCGUCCCAGUCCGCCGGCCUUUGCCGAGGAGCAGCUCGGGGCGGCUAAAGACAAGCUGGCGGAGGAAACGCCGGCGUCGGCCACCGCCUGGAUGGAGACGUCGCACUCGUUGAAAUCGGUGGAUUCUAGCGAUUACUCGGCGGUGUGCAAGAGGCGCAGGAUGUCCCCCACCGGGGGCUCCAGCACCGACAACUCUCCCACCAUCAAGUGUGAAGACUUGAGCGCUGAGGAUUACAAUAAGGACAACCCAAAAGGCAUGGGUUAUUAUGCAUUCUACACAAGCCCCUAA